UCAGCACACCCAGCCGGGCCCCACACCCUCCUGCGGCCUCCUCAGGGGACACACAGCCCCCCGUUCCUCACUGCCAUGUGCCCCCUGUGGCUCUGCUGGGCGCUCUGGGUGCUGCCCCUGGCCGGCCCCGGGGCGGCCCUGAGCGAGGAGCAGCUCCUGGGCCGCCUGCUGCAGCGGCUGCAGCUCCGCCAGGCGCCCGUGCUGGACAGGGCGGACGUGGAGGGGCUGGCCGUCCCUGCCCACGUGCGCGCCCAGUACGUGGCCCUGCUGCAGCGCAGCCGCGGGGACCGCUCCCGCGGGAAGAGGUUCAGCCAGAACUUCCGAGAGGUGGCCGGCAGGUUCCUGGGGUCCGAGGCCGACACGCACCUGCUGGUGUUCGGCAUGGAGCAGCGGCUGCCGCCCAACAGCGAGCUGGUGCAGGCCGCGCUGCGGCUCUUCCAGGAGCCGGUCCCCGCGGCCACGCUGCACAGGCUGUCCCCGCGCGGCGCCCGGGCCCUGGUCACCGUCGAGUGGCUGCGCGUCCGCGACGACGGCUCCAACCGCACCUCGCUCGUCGACUCCAGGCUGGUGUCCGUCCACGAGAGCGGCUGGAAGACCUUCGACGUGACCGAGGCCGUGAACUUCUGGCAGCAGCUGAGCCGGCCCCGGCAGCCGCUGCUGCUGCAGGUGUCGGUGCAGAGGGAGCGCCUGGGCCCGCAGCCCUCGGGCGCCCACAGGCUGGUGCGCUUCGCCUGGCAGGGGGCGCGGGGCGCGGGGCACGGCGAGCCCCGGCUGGAGCUGCACACCCUGGACCUCAGCGACUACGGAGCUCAAGGCGACUGUGACCCUGAGACGCCAGUGACCGAGGGCACCCGCUGCUGCCGCCAGGAGAUGUACGUUGACCUGCAGGGGAUGAAGUGGGCCGAGAACUGGGUCCUGGAGCCCCCGGGCUUCCUGGCCUACGAGUGUGUGGGCACCUGCCUGCAGCCCCCGGGUCCCCUGGCCGCCCAGUGGCCGUUUCUGGGGCCACGGCAGUGCAUCCCCUCGGAGAUGGCCUCGCUGCCCGUGAUCGUCAGCGUCAAAGAGGGAGGCAGGACCAGGCCCCAGGUGGUCAGCCUGCCCAACAUGAGGGUGCAGAAGUGCAGCUGCGCCUCGGAUGGGGCGCUCAUGCCAAGGAGGCUCGAGCCGUAGGUGCCUGGUGCAGCCACUGAGACCUCUGCUAGACAGCGUGCAUGAAAGCAGGUCUUAACGUAGGUCUUAUUUGAUACUUAGCAAGUGACCCCUGUCCCAUCUUAGUGCCCCAAUGUCACCUUUGCCCUGUGUUCUUCCAUUUUUGUCCUUCUUGUCCAUCACCCAUCCCAAGCACUUAUAUGAGUAAAUAAUGCAGCUCCAGUGGAAAUUCCUGGACAGCUGAACAAUGGAUAGAUUAGAUUGUCAGCUGAGAGUUUCUGUUCUCUGGCAAAUUCUCCACUGAGUAUGGAACAACAAAACCCUAUGAUGAGAACUGGGAAAAUAGAGCUCAUUUACUCUAUUACAUGAUGAAUUAAAAUAAAACCAAAAAUUCCCUGUUUCCCCUAGACAGGGAGGAUGUCUAAAAAAGAACCCCCAUUCCCCAAAUACUGACCAAUUCUG